AGAGGGGAUCAGUAGGAGAGCGGACAAAGUGUUAUCAACUGUGACAGUGGAGAUGGGGGAAGCAAAAAAGGAGAAACAUACCCUGCUAGAGAGAAGCGGAGUGAACUAAGAGAGAAGACAGACGUAGUUAUUCCUAAUGCUCAACAAAAUAAGAGAGACAGAUGUAACAGGCAGUGACAAAGUCAAAGAAAGGGAAGCAAGAAAUCAGAAAGUAUACGGACCCAAGAGUCAGUCUGUUGGCAGUGAGUAUUGAGCGCUUGUUCCUGGAACAGGGUGGGACCAUCUCUAGGAAGACUCAACUUCAACCACCACAUCGACCAUGUACAGUGGAUAUGGAGGGAGUCCGUCCCGAACUCUCUCCACCAUGUCCCUGUCCGUUCGCCCAGUCAGACGCCUCACCUCCAGAUCCAUCACUAGGAGCCAGAGUUUUACUGGAGUCAACAACUACGACAAGCCCUACAGGAACCUCUCGGUGUUCAGCACCCCAGGUCUUUGUAGAAAGCCCAGCAGAGCCAGCAGGAUGUUCACUAUGUCCACCAAGUCUAACCCACCACCAAAAGUUCCACAACCAGAGCGACUGGAUCAGGUCUAUGAGGCACUGAGGAAAGGCCUUCAGUCUUACCUGCAUGUUCAUCAGAUGGACUUGGACAACCUCAGCAGACAAAUCAAAGAAUCAAAGAGGAACUCCAGACUGGGUUUCCUGUAUGAACUAGACAAGCAAGUUAAGGUGACUGAGAGGUACAUAAGACGACUGGAGUUUCACCUCAGCAAGAUCGAGGAGUUAUAUGAAGCAUACUGCCUGCAGAGGAGACUCCGGGAUGGAGCCAACAAGAUGGUCAAGGCGUACACUGCCUCUCUAAGCAGUAAGGAGGCAAGGGAGAGCUUAACAGAAGCCAACAAAGGCUACAAAGAGUACACUGAGAACAUGUGUGUGUUGGAGAGUGAGUUGGAGAACCAGCUGGGGGAGUUCCACAUUAAGAUGAAAGGUCUGGCUGGAUUUGCCAGAUUAUGUGCUGGUGACCAGUACGAAAUCUUUAUGAGGUACGGUCGGCAGCGGUGGAAGCUCCGAGGCAGAAUAGAGAUCAAUUCCAAGCAGGUGUGGGACAGUGAAGAGAUGGUGCUUCUGCCACUCGUCAAUGACUUCCUCUCUGUGAAGGUGACAGAGCUGAAGAGCUUAGCCAAUCACGUGGUUGUAGGAAGUGUUUCCUGUGAGACUAAGGAUCUGUUUGCUGCACUGCCCCAGACUGUUGCUGUGGAUAUUAAUGACCUUGGAACUGUUAAGCUAAGCCUCGAAGUCACCUGGAAUCCUUUUGAUAAAGAUGAUCAGGGGUCAAUGGCGAGCUCUGUCAACAAGGCCCCGACCGUCAGUAAGAGAUUCUCAACAAUCUUCAACCAGAGUCCCCCUGACACGCCGUCCUUACGUGAACAAGCCUUUUAUAACAUGCUGCGUCGUCAUGAAGAGUUAGAGAAUGGAACAGCGUGGUCGAAUUCUUCGGAAUCCUCUGAUGACUCCUCUAGUCCUCAGCUAUCUGCAGGAGGUCCACGCAACGCGACACAUCAUGAGGCAGUGGUGGUGACACCAGAGAUUCAGCCAACUGCAACAGAAAGAUCCUCUCCUCAGCCUGACAUCUCAUUCAGCCUCAGAGACUCUUCCUCCCAAGCUCCAAAAUCCACCUAUAUGGUAUGCUCCGUCAGUGAGGUUGCCAACACCACCCAUCACCAAACAGAGAUCAACAGAGAAGAGGACAAGGGGACAGCCACUGUGAUGACAAAACCUGACAGUGAAGAAGAGGAUGCAGGGAAACAGUCUCCCACUGCAACAGAGGAUGGGUUGGUGACCAAUAGCCUCGCCUCACGCAGUUACUCGCGCUCUCUGAGCCACAUUAGUGAAAGCAGCGCUGAUGGUAUUGUGUUAGCUGGGGAAUCAGGGGAGGAGAUUUCUUUGGCCUCUGGGAUCUCCAUCAGUGACAUUGAAACGGAGCUGCCCAGCAGAACUUCUGAGUUACCUAGAUCUGCUGCCACAGACACUGACAUGUCACCGAGGAGGCUUGAUGUCGUCAAAGAAAUCACAGCAGUGAAUGAUGUCACAGAUCAACAUCCAAUCAGGUUGCCACAGGAUACAUCCAGCUCUGUCCUCACAUCAUUCUCCCCUAGGACUGAAGGAAUGAACUCUAGGCCUCCAUCACAAAUGAACACACUCCCACACCUUGAGUGCAACAUAGUCCCAGAGAGCAGGGAUGCGACAUAUUUAGCCCGGCGGGUGUCGGUAGAGGAGGAGAUGCCAUGUGAAGAUGCAGAUUGUCUGUCCAGGGAGGGUGAUGGUCCAGUGGACUGCGGGCUGGAGGAUGCCCUGGCAGUUGUAGUUUCCUCUCUGGAUGAUUACAGGGGACAGUUCCCUGAGUUACAACUACUGGAGCAAGAGCUGAAGCUGCUGCAGGUGACACUGAAGGGUGGAAGGCACAGCCGUUCACCCAGUGUGGUUAGCCUCACAGUGGAAACAGCUCUGGGCAGCUUUGAUUUCCUCAACAUGUCUGACUGGGAGGAAGAUGACGAGGAAAGGUGUGACAAGAGGAACAGAAAUGUCAGGUCUCUGCAGGACAGAGGCUGGGACAGCCCCUCCUCCCCCACCCUACCCCUCACUACAGGCUGCACUACACUAGACUGCUCCCUGGUGGUCCACUUGAAGAACUGUAAUGCACAGUUGCUGCGUCUGGGUAUGUUUGGGCCUCUGCGCUGUGGAGAAAUGUACGCCUUAGACCGACUGCUGCGAGAGGCUCGAGUGCUUGAAAACAUCCGUCGUAUCACCAAGGACAACCCGAGACGCCUCAGACAGCCUGAUGAAGUGAUACCUCAGUUAGGCCUGUGCCUGAGUGCUGUGUCACUAUGGCAACAGUGUGUGGGGCAGGGCAGCAAGUACAGCGUCUCUGCUGAGGACUUCCUGGAUACGUUGUCUACAGCCUUCUCCAGCAUACUGCCAGAGAUGGUCAGCAGCAUGGCUGACAAAGUGUUCCUGUGUCUGAUUGAGCGAGUGCUGGAUCAGAGGUUACCACGGCGAGGCAGCAGCAGAGAUGAAGUGAUGGUGACGUUGUUCCAGCUCUGGAGUUACGUAGAGGCUAACGGCUUCAGUGACAUGGAAACACACAUUACUGAACUGGCAGAAGAGGUGUGGUUGGUGCAGAGGCUGGCAUCGUCUGACCUGGACGUGAUCGUUCACACUUUGCGGCGUCCUGCAGAGUGUAGCCUGAGAAGAGAAGGACUUCAUGCUGUGGCAAAGUUACUGAAAGACCCACGAGGCAAAGUGUCAGCAUCGGCCAGCUCUGUACUGAGAAGCCUGGCUGCCCAGCCAAGACAGAGAGAACAGGCUUUGGUCAGCUGUCUGGAGCUGCUGGAGGAUGAGAAAGUGGACACCAGAGUGUGUGGAUGCAAGGCCUUAGCUUGUCUGAAGGCUAAAGAAAGUAUCGACCAGUUAGUGUAUCUUUGUCGGACAGACAAGGAGGAGGUCCGAGAUGCUGCCAAACAGACGCUGCUCGUCCUCGGAGAGGAGGGGAAGAUGGCCCACAGACAUGUGGAGACGUCUCAGGACAGUAUACCAAGACUCUUCGCUCCAGGAAGCAUGGCCAGCACAGCGUUCUAACACACACACACACACACACACACACACAC